ACGCGUAUAAGUGCUAAGGGGAGGUGUUGAUUCUUUUGGCGUCAAGAGCCUGUCCAUGGCCAAAGAUACUCUACUCUCUUGCCGUCUACUUCAUCCGCUCCCCAAAAUGUCUGCCGCGACAAAGCUACGCCAGAUGGUCACGGACCCCGAGUCCUUCAUCGUCGCGCCAGGCGUCUACGAUGGCUUCAGCGCCCGCAUCGCCCUCGAGGUGGGCUUUGACUGCAUCUACAUGGUGAGUUUGAGUUCGCGGGCGGCUCCAUCAUCGCGACAGCAAGUCGCUGACCAGACACACUAACAAGACCGGUGCCGGGACGAGCGCCUCCCGGCUCGGCCAGCCCGACCUAGGCUUCGCCUCGCUCAACGACAUGCGCGCCCACGCCGAGAUGAUUGCCAACCUGGACCCGUCCACGCCCCUCAUCGCAGACGCCGACACCGGCUACGGCGGCCCCAACAUGAUCGCCCGCACCAUCGAGCAGUACCACCGCAGCGGCGUCGCGGGCCUACACAUCGAGGACCAGAUCCAGACGAAGCGCUGCGGCCACCUGGGCGGGAAGAGCGUCGAGUCCGCCGAGACGUUCCGGCAGCGCAUCGCGGCGGCCGUCCAGGCGCGCCGGCGAGCAGGCUCGGACAUUGUCAUCAUCGCGCGGACGGACGCGCUCCAGACGGACGGCUACGAGGAGGCGCUGCGGAGGCUGCAGCUCGCCGUCGAGGCCGGCGCCGACGUGGCGUUCCUCGAGGGCGUCCAGACGGAGGAGCAGGCGAGGGGCGUGUGUCGCGCGCUCGCCCCGACGCCGGUGCUGCUCAACAUGGUGGAGAACGGGGCGACGCCGUCGUGGACGCCCGACCAGGCUCGCGAGUUUGGCUUCAAGAUCAUCAUCUUUCCCUUUCUGACGAUAGCGCCCGCCUACGAGGCCAUCAAGGCCUCGCUGCAGCACUUGAAGAAGACGGGCACCACGGGCAUAAGCAAGGACUUUACACCAAAGAAGCUGUUUACGGUGGUUGGCCUCGAGAAAGCCAUGGCCGUUGACGCCGAGGCCGGAGGCUCCAUGUACUCUGGGGUAUAGGAAGCAGCGCCAUCGGAUAUGAACUGUUCUAUCUGGCCGUUUCAACAAGAGUGUGUUGGAGUGGCGAUGCCAGCAUGGUGAAAACGGAAGAAAUGACAGCAGCGAAGGCAAAUGUAGUAACGGAGUACAACGGGAACAGGCAGAAGCCGCGAGCCCGCCUGGCGGCGACGACGGCAAUAGCUGGGCAGUAAUGGACGUAUGCAGCUCUAGGUCCGACCACAUUAUGGCCAGCAUUAGGGAAUCAAUUUAACAACGACAAGGGGAAACUUUGCUCAGGGCUG